AGGAAGUCUUCUUCUUUGAUAUAUAUUCCACGCGCGCCAGCAACCAGUGCCCCUCAACUACUCAGGACUCAGACUCCACCCAAGUUCCUCCGUCGCCCUCGCUUAUUUCUUUCGGCUCCUGGGGACUUGUUAUCCUGCCAGCCGAUUCGUUAGGCCAUCGCCGACGUCCUUUCCCCGCUUGUGGGUAUAUAAGAAGAACCUAGCGUAAGUAAUGGAAGGCCUCACACCCGAGCAGAUCGCCUCGUUCCACGAGAAUGGCUUCCUGGUGCUGCCCUCGUACCUGUCAGCAGAGGAGAUCACCUCGCUGAUGGGCGAGACGACGAACCUCCUGGAGAACUUCGACCUGGACUCACACCCGCUGACGCGGUUCACGACGGGAGACGACGAGGCGGACAAGACGGUCAAGCACGUCGGAGACGACUACUUCCUCUCUUCGGGCGACAAGAUCCGCUUCUUCUUCGAGCCGGACGCCUUCUCGCCCACGCCCGACCCGGCGACGGGUCGUCCCACGCUGCUGAAGCCGAAACACCUCUCCGUCAACAAGAUCGGCCACUCGCUGCACUCGCUCUCCGAGCCCUUCAAGGCCGUCAGUCUCACGGCGCGCAACGCCGCCAUCGCCCGCUCGCUGGGCUUCCACGACCCGCGCGUCCUCCAGAGCAUGGUCAUCUGCAAACAACCCAGCAUCGGCGGCGCGGUCCCCUCCCACCGCGACUCCGAGUUCCUCUACACCAACCCGCCCAGCGCCGUGGGCUUCUGGUUCGCCCUCCAGGACGCAAAGCCGGGCAACGCAACCCUAGGCUUCUGGAAGGGCAGCCAUAAGGGUCGCAACGGGGGACACAUCACUCGCCGCUUCGUGCGUGCCGCCCCGGAAGUGGGGGGCACCGAGUUCGUCCCCAACGAGGGUCCCAGUCUGCCGCGCGGAGCAGAAGAGGAGGAACUCCGCAAGGAAUCCGACGACGAUCUCGAGGUGCUCACUGUCCCCGCCGGCUCGCUGGUCAUCAUCCACGGCAACGUCCUGCACAAGAGCGAAAAGAAUACCAGUCCCAACAGUCGCUAUGCGUAUACCUUCCACGUCAUCGAGGGCGCCGAUGGCUGGGAGUACGAUGAGCGGAACUGGUUGCAGCCCCCGGAGAGUGGUGAGGGCUUCUCCAGGCUGUACAAUUAGAAACAGUUAUACUCCCAUAUAAAUACGUGUAUAGAUGUAUGCUUUCAGUGUAAUCUUCAUGGUGGUUCUAUCUAGUACAUAACUGGAGGCCUAACACCAUCGCUUGCUAAUCAUAAC